CAGUCGGUAAAUCCUAGAGCAUCGACUAUACCAUCCCAUAACAGUGUUAACAAAAAAUGGAGAAAAUAUUCUGUCUGUUGAUAUCAAUUUUUGUCGUCUUCAUCAUGCCAUUGGAUAUUUCUGGUCAAUGUAACACCGGCCCCAUUUCCUGUCAACUAACCUGCCGCUGUAACACGACCGAGAAGAAUUGUCUGCCUGAUCACGUGAUGGGGUGUGGGGAUCUGGGAUGUCAGCCGGGGUGGAGCGGUCCCACGUGCCAGAGGGAAAACAUUGCUUUCUUGCCAAGAAAUGUGGAUUCCAGCAGCGAAUUUCACAUAGACAACAUAGACUCGAUGGCUUUUGACGGGAACUUGUCCACGGUAUUUCGUUCUCGGGAAGAAGCCAACCCGUAUCUAACGGCGAAGACGAAAGGCUGGAACUCUGAUACAUUUAUCUAUUCCAUAAGGAUAUAUAACGGAGCCACAGACCUGGGAGACUUAUCCGGGUUUGAGAUCUACGUGAGUAAAACCAGCGAUUUCAUUAACUCCAAACUGUGCUACAGGGAUAACACAACUAUUGGCCAAUCAGAAUAUGUCAUCAACUGUACUCAGCCCCUGACUGGUCCAUACUUUAAACUACGCGUUCCCAAGACAACGAGCCUUGCUAUCCGCGAAAUGGAAAUAAACAAUUGUGCAGAUUACUGGUUUGGCGACCAGUGUAACCGCCUUUGUAACUGUCGACAAGGUAAUCACAGAUGUGAUGGAAUAACAGGAGAUUGUCCCAAUGGAUGUCUACCUGGAUUCAACGGAACGGAAUGUUAUACAGAAUGCCCAGAAGGUACUUUUGGAUCAGACUGCAACGGUGUCUGCCAUUGCAAAAACGAGUCCUCCUGUGACAAGACUGACGGAACUUGUGAUUUCCAAGGUUGUGCGGCCGGGUACAAGGGAAAAAACUGCGAAAGUGAGUGUUAUUAUGGUGAUUUUGGAGAGGGAUGCCAGGGUAAAUGUCACUGUUAUCUGGGUCAUUCAGAGUGCAACAGAACCACCGGGCAUUGCGGGCGUGGGUGUCAGGCGGGAUAUACGGGAGACAACUGCCAGCAAGAAUGCGUUACAGGAAGGUACCACCUGAAUUGCGAGAAAAUUUGCCAUUGCAAGAACCGGGAGUCUUGUAACAAGGUUUACGGAACCUGUGACGCACUUGGCUGUGAACCGGGAUAUCAAGGGCCUUCUUGUUAUAGAGCAUGUGAGACCGGUCGGUUUGGAGAAAAAUGCCAGUUCUUCUGUCACUGUAAGAACCCUGCCUCGUGUAACCAUGCCAACGGAACAUGUGAUGAACAUGGGUGCGCUGCAGGAUACAAGGGACAUAACUGCCAAGAAGAAUGUUCGACCGGCCGAUUCGGAGACAAAUGUGAGAACGAAUGUCACUGUAAAAACCUGUUCUCGUGUAACCAUGUCAACGGAACGUGUGAUGAAAGCGCCUGUGCUGCCGGAUAUAAAGGAGACAUCUGCCAAGAAACUGUAGAUAGCCCUACUAACUCUGAAAAUCAACGGUCAUCGAAUGGUCUUCUGGCUGGCGUGAUUGUACUGGCGGUAAUUUCGGCCGCGGUGAUCGUGUAUGCAGUCAUCGCCACUGUCAAGGGACGCCACUGGUACAGAAGUCUGCAGCAAGAGAUUAAAUCUUCCUUUUGAACCAUGGAGGUGUCCAAGCAGACGGAAGAUGAAAGAUCGUGAGAAGACCAAGCAAGCCUACAAGAACAUGAUUCCUGUUCAAACAUGUAACUCCAGUGACCUCUAUAGGCUGUCGUGUAUCUUGUACGUGUUAUUGAGCUCAUCUUUCACAUAUCACUCAAUGCUCACAGUUUUAUCACCCAGCAGCCUUUAUAUUGUUUGCACAGACUGCUUUUCUACACUCCACAUACAUGUACAUAGUAAAAACUCCCAGAAUGGAACAAAUUACUCAGCCUUCGUAAGGUUUGUUGUUUUAAUGGAAUGUUUUAUCUUAUUGAAAUCCUUUCGUGAUUUACUUUAAUUUCUUGACUGGUACAGUCAGGAAUAUCAGUAAUAUCACAUAUUGCCACCAUCACAUUUGAUAUUCAUAUCUUUUUGUAAUAAUUAUGGUCCACAUUUAUUCAGGGUUUAUUACAAGCACAUUUGUAAAUGUUUGCUGAAUAAGACAAAUGAAAAGAAUCUACGAGGAAAGAUGGAUAUACAUUCCUUGUAGGAUAGAAUGACUCCAUCGUUUGUUCGAAUCUAGCUGUUGCUGUGCCAGCUGCGGAAUUUGACUCCAAAUGUUUGACACGCACCUGCCAAAUGUUGGUGGUUAAUACAUCCAGGUUUCCUCCGUCCAUUAGCUUGGACACUUUGAAAAUAAUUUUAAAACAAUCACGGAUACAUGAAAUAACAAUGUUUUUUUUUCAAGCCACUUAAAUUAUGCAAGGUGAAUUAACUUUAAAACGAACAUAAAAUCAGCCACUAAAUCUGAAAUAAUUAAUAAAGUAGUAUUCCAGAAAUGUUCCAAAAAUUUUUAAAAAAAAUCUACACCGUUUAACAAAACAAUAAAUAGCGAACAAUCACCAGUACCUAGCCACUCAUUUGGUGAUGCCAAUUUGCCAUGUUAGAGCUAUCUGGAGUGACGUCACAAAACCUAGGAGCUCUCCAGUACUAUCGGUAUUAAGCUGUGUGACAAUGAGAAAAUACAAAUGAAAACGCCUGCUACCCAACCAAAGAAUUGCGUGUCCAAGGGGCCGGUAUUUCUUUUAGUUUGGCGCUCGAUCAGGGCGAUGUUCGUUGACACAAGCACUGUAUGUUAGCGGUCCUGCUUGUCCUCGUUCUGCAUGGGUGUAGGCAUUUGCCCUAUCUGGCUGUGCGCUGUGCCGACUUCCAGGAAUUUACCGAACAUAGCAAGACCGUCUCAGCUAUAACAGACUCUUUCAUUCAGAUAAAUGGGGAGACAUUUUCGUAAUAAAUCUGAGUACAGCACAGAACCUAUAUGUUUUUCAUGAAAGCAAACAGAUGUACGUACAUGUAUAAUAUACAAUAGGUCAUUAGACAACAUGCAGGAACGUUACCUAUGUUGAAAACGUGUUAUGUUUUUUUAAAAGUUUGAAUGAACAGCAUAUAUUUAUGCAGUCGUUUCUCCAUACACAUGUCCGCUUAUAGUUCACACGCUGAAUGUAACAAAUAUAUCCCCAAACGCUUCGAUAUCGACUGCA